GGCAGCUAAUGAAUAAACCGAUUCUUGUUCUUUUCUUCUCUUUACUCUGCAAUUAUCCUCUCAAACACUUUCAUUAGUGUUCUUGUUAUGAACCUUCAUCCUUCUCAUUGAAGUUCAUAACAAUUGGUAUCAGAGAUCCAGAAAAAGAUUUCACCGAUGGCGAAGCAAAGUAACACCGACCGCAUCACUCAAUUGGAAACGGAGCUGGCAAGUGUGAGGGCAGAAAUUGAAAAAAUGAACGAAACACAGAAAGCUGACCUAGCCAGGUUGAUGGAAACACACGAGAAAAGAUUCGAAGAUAUAUUAGCAGCAGUUAAAGACAUUUAUCUGGGAGGAUGUAAGCUGAGCUUUGAUCAUACUCUAAUGGAGUGGGACUCCAUCCCAGCCAAGUUAUUGUUUGGAGUUGAAUCCAGGACCUCUCCCUUGUCGCACUCUCUUCAUACCAGGUUGAAGCUAGGGCUUGCUACCUGCACCUUUUUACGGGUGACAUCAAAUCAAGGAAGACGUGGUUCGUGCUUCCUCAUUUAUUUCAAAUUUCCAAACAUUGCUCAUGGAUAUUUUUAUCUGUUAUAAACUAUUCUUUUGGGGCUUGCAUGCCCAUGUUAUUGGCCGGUUGUGGCUUAUGACUUACCGUUGAAUAUUUCCGCUAUUCAUUGGUUUAAAUGUGAUGUUGUUAUGUAUGUUUACUACUGAG